AUGGCCGACGUGGUGAUGUCCGAUGAACAUCCUGCCAGCCGCGAGUCCGAGGCCUUCUUGGGCUGUGGUUAUUGUACCGAAGCCUUCCCAGAGAAGAGGGAACUGGAGGUGCACAUCAAGAUGAUGCACGAGGGCCACAAGUACUCGUGCCAUCCAGCGCCCAUGCCUGAGAGGGAGGUUGGACUUCUCAAGAAGGCUCCAUCCAUGGCCAUCUCUCGCAACAUCCCCUUGAGUGAAGUGAACCGCCACUGCAUCCCCGAGGAUUGCUGGGUGGCACUGAAUGGGAAAGUCUACGAUCUCUCAGAGUUCAUGGACCGUCACCCUGGGGGUCCCACCACCAUCGUGGCCUGGGCGGGGAAGGACGCUUCGAAGUUCUUCAACGACAUCCACAAGGGUGUGAAGAUCGAAUCAUACCUCCGACCCGAGUCCUAUCAAGGCGACUUGGGGUUGGAUGAGAGCUUGAUGUCCGACUCCUUCUACCACACCUUGCGCGAGGCGCGCAUUGACGAGCUGAAGGAAGAGCUGGACCGUUUGCUGAGCCAGGUCAGUGGAGGCGCUAAGGCCGAUAGCGUGCAGCGGCUCCUGCAGGAUAAGAAUGUGAGCUCAGAUCUGAAGCAGAAACUGCAGCGUUUGGAGACGCAGAAGCGCGCGGCGCUGGACGGGGAAGACUACGCCAAGGCUGCGGAGAUCAAGAAGGCGGUGGAGGAGUUGUUGUCGCACGAUGAUCAUGCGCAUCUUCAUGACGUUCCCUUGGACGCCGGAAGCAGCUGCAUCCCACUGUCCGAAGUGGCACGCCACAACAAGCCACACGACUGCUGGGUUGCCCUCAACGGCACCGUCUACGACUUGACCGACUUCUUGACCCAGCACCCCGAGCAGCGCAAUGCCAUCCUGGCCUGGGCCGGCCGUGAUGCCACGGCCGUGUGGAACAAGAUCCCGGGACGCUUCCCCAGCGCCAACUGGAUGGAUUUCUACAUGCGCCCAGAGGCGAAGAUGGGCGAAGUGGGCAAAGAGCCAGAGGUGGAUCCAAAGAUCGCCUUGAUCCGCAAGCUGCAGGAUGAGCUUCACAAGUUGGAGGGCCCAAGUCAAGAGGAGAUCCAAGCAGCAAAGGCGGCCACUCAAAAGGUCCCAGGCACUGCCAAGGAGGCGCCCACAGAAGGUGAGGAGGCUCGCUUCCCCAAGCUCAAGGAGAGCGGAAGACGCGUCGCGGACACCGCUGACGAGAUCACGGCUGGAAAGGAGCUGCCCUUCUUCUCCCGGGCGGAGGUGGCCAAGCACAACACCGCCGAGGAGCCAUACAUGAUCAUCCACAACAAGGUCUACAACUUGAAGUCUUUGAUGGGCAGUCACCCUGGUGGUGAUGAUAUCCUCCUCUCCAAAGCCGGCACCGAUGCCACUCAAGACUUUGAGGUCUUCGAGCACUCGGAGAAGGCUCGCGUGCAGCGUGACCGCGACAUGUUGGUGGGCCAGUUGCUUCCUGCCGAAGCUGCUGACUGGACCACCGGCCCGGCAGCUGGCGCGGGAACCGCGAGCGCCAGCGCUGCCGGCGGCUCAGAAGUGCAACGCUAUUUGCGCUACAAGGCCUAUGACCUUGCAGUUGGUGCAGUGGCCUGGUAUUUGGUGAAGACCUUGCAGAACCGAAAGCCCUUGUCACAGUUCACCUACAGUCGUGCCUUGCGUCACUUGCACCUCAUCAUGGCGGUGGGCAUUUUUGGCGCUGUGGGGACGGCGCAGGCGGCCCAGCACUGCGAGGGGCAGACGAAAAAGCAGCUGCUGUGGUGGCACAAGACGGGCCUUGCCAUGAUGGCUGCCAUCCUCGUCCGGAUCUUCUUCCGCAUGAAGAGUGGCAUCCCACCACGCUUCCCCGGACAUCCUGUGGUGAAGUUCCUGGAGACCUCCAGCCUCCGGCUUUUCUAUGCUUUGGCGGUCUUGUUACCAGUGUCCGGCAUGGCCAACGAGUACUUCUUGAAGUGGGCUCCGGGCAGUGAGACCACCGGCAAAGACGAGGACGACCGCCGCAACGACCGCUUGGCCAAGCAGUCCAUCGAUGCGCACAAGGUCUUGGGCAAGUUCUUGCAGUAUGCCUUCUUGCCCUUCCACCUCGGCUACACCACUCUCUACCACUACUCCCAAGGCCGUGGCGUGGUGCGCAAGGUGUCACCAUUCAUCUAAAGGCUGUUGCCGGGCCCAGACGUGUCCGACAGCGGGGCCGAUUCGGAGGAAGAACCCCUUUCUGGCACCGAUGGCCAAAAUUGAAAAGAGAAGAGGUUUAGUGAAGAGAAGCCCAAGAAAGUGAACCC